UGGAGGGGGGGACGCAGGGCAGCGCAGGUUCCUGUCUGCGCUGGCUGCGGCCUGGCACUGAGAGGAGGGGCGGCCCCGGCCCCGGUGCAGGACUAUGGACCCGGCCGAGGCCGUGCUGCAGGAGAAGGCGCUCAAGUUCAUGUGCUCUAUGCCCAGAUCUCUGUGGCUGGGCUGCUCCAGCCUGGCGGACAGCAUGCCCUCGCUGCGAUGCCUGUAUAACCCAGGGACUGGCGCACUCCCAGCUUUCCAGAAUUCCUCUGAGAGAGAAGACUGUAAUAAUGAUGAGCCCCCUAGGAAGAUCAUUCCCGAGAAGAAUUCACUUAGACAGACCUACAACAGCUGUGCCAGACUGUGCUUAAACCAGGAAACAGUAUGUCUAGGAAGCACUGCUAUGAAGACUGAAAAUUGUGUGGCCAAAACAAAACUUGCCAAUGGCACUUCCAGUAUGAUUGUGCCCAAGCAAAGAAAACUGUCUGCAAGCUAUGAGAAGGAGAAGGAACUCUGCGUCAAGUAUUUUGAACAGUGGUCCGAGUCUGACCAGGUGGAGUUUGUGGAGCACCUCAUCUCCCAGAUGUGUCACUACCAGCACGGACAUAUAAACUCAUACCUCAAACCCAUGUUACAGCGGGACUUCAUCACUGCACUGCCAGCUCGGGGAUUGGAUCACAUUGCUGAGAACAUUCUGUCAUACCUGGAUGCCAAAUCAUUGUGUGCUGCUGAGCUGGUGUGCAAGGAGUGGUACCGGGUGACGUCAGAUGGCAUGCUGUGGAAGAAGCUCAUCGAGAGAAUGGUCAGGACAGACUCCCUGUGGAGGGGGUUGUCAGAGAGGAGAGGAUGGGGACAAUAUCUAUUUAAAAAUAAACCUCCUGAUGGGACUGCACCACCGAACUCCUUCUACAGAGCACUUUAUCCCAAAAUUAUACAGGACAUAGAGACAAUAGAGUCAAACUGGCGGUGUGGAAGGCACAGUUUACAGAGGAUCCACUGCCGAAGCGAGACAAGCAAAGGGGUUUAUUGUUUACAGUAUGAUGAUCAGAAGAUAGUAAGUGGCCUACGAGACAAUACUAUUAAGAUCUGGGAUAAGAAUACCUUGGAAUGCAAGCGAAUUCUCACCGGACACACGGGUUCUGUCCUGUGCCUCCAGUAUGAUGAACGAGUGAUUAUUACUGGAUCUUCAGACUCAACAGUCAGGGUGUGGGACGUGAACGCAGGUGAGAUGCUGAAUACGCUGAUUCACCACUGCGAAGCAGUACUGCACCUCCGUUUCAAUAACGGCAUGAUGGUGACAUGUUCCAAAGACCGUUCCAUUGCUGUGUGGGACAUGGCUUCACCAACAGACAUCACCCUGCGGAGGGUGCUAGUAGGGCACCGAGCUGCCGUCAAUGUAGUGGACUUUGAUGACAAGUACAUUGUAUCAGCAUCAGGUGACAGAACUAUAAAGGUAUGGAACACUAGUACCUGCGAAUUUGUGCGCACCUUAAAUGGCCACAAACGAGGCAUUGCAUGUCUGCAGUACAGAGACAGGCUAGUAGUGAGCGGCUCUUCAGAUAAUACUAUCAGGCUGUGGGAUAUCGAGUGUGGGGCAUGUUUACGAGUACUGGAAGGCCAUGAAGAGUUGGUGAGAUGCAUACGCUUUGAUAACAAGAGGAUAGUCAGUGGAGCAUAUGAUGGGAAAAUCAAAGUAUGGGAUCUUGUGGCUGCUUUGGACCCCCGUGCUCCAGCAGGGACCCUCUGCUUGCGAACCCUUGUGGAGCAUUCUGGAAGAGUCUUUCGACUUCAGUUUGACGAGUUCCAGAUUGUCAGCAGCUCACAUGAUGACACCAUCCUCAUCUGGGAUUUUCUGAAUGACCCAGCUGCCCAAGCAGAAUCCACUCGUUCCCCAUCCAGAACAUACACGUACAUCUCAAGAUAAAUAACACUACACUGUACCUCACACUCGCACAGGUAAAAAAAAAAAUAAAAUUAAAAAAAAUAAAAUUAGUCUCAAAGUUGACAGUGGAUGUAGUGCGAGCAUGCUGCUUGAAUAACUAGCUGGGUCUAUCAAUAUUUCUCAUCUUGUUUGGACAGUAAUUACAGUGUCCUGUAAAAGCACAGGAAUGGUUUUGAUACCUUAGAAUAGGGACUUUAUUUUAGGAUUUGCGGCAUGUGGCGGCUGUGAGUUCCCCUGAAGAACUCCUCCUCCUCUGUCCAUCAUCAUCAAUAAUUAAAUCAGCUAUCACUGCUGUCCAGAAGGAAGAAGGGUUUCUGCAGAGUGAGUAGAGCAGCUGCUGCCUAACAAGGGGAUGCAGAUGGCCUGACCCUGGGCAGUUGUCACCAGGCAGGAGAGUUUUGCCAAGAAGCGUCAGCUCUAUUCUGUUCCUCUGAAGUAGUGACCGUUCUUCUCACUCUGCAGCAAGCUGAUUCAAGAGAACAGUUUGGCUAAGAGAGGAGGCACUGAGGCACAAGCCGAGGUGAAUUUAAUCGAGAUGCAUCAAUGUGCAAAAUAAUCUCCAGACAGGGCUUAGCCCUCACUCUCUCUAGCAUAGCGUGAGUGUUAAAUUGUUCAUAUCAGAGCCUGGCUGGUUUGCUGAUGCCCUUACCCUUUUGUCUUGGCCAGCACAGUGUGGGGAGGACAUAUUUCAUAUGUUUGGGUCAGUUGUAGAGUGGAAUUGAUGUAUAUGAGUGGAGUGGGAUAGCAUGAUUGCCCACUUUGGUGGGUACAUGCGCAAUUACUGUUAAUAGCUUGAGAAGCCUUGACAGGCUUCUGCAAGGGAGUGUCCACAGUGACAUUUUCCUAUGAAAAUGCUCUGUCAUGGGGCACAUCCUGUACCCUAUCUGUUUGAUCGGUAAAUGUACAGCGAUGCUACAGAGCCAUCAGAUCAGCCGUCUUGAUUUUCUCAAACACUCUGGUCAAUCAGAUGUUCUUUUAAAUCAUUAAAAGGUUUAGUACGAAUGGGGUUUGUUUCGUAUGUUCUGUUUUUUGU